UUGACAACAGAGGGCGAAGCAGGUAACCUAGCUUUGAGUUUUCGAUAUUUCUAUCCGAGUUGUAAGAUACCCAAGGUGGUGACGACAAUUACAUUCGUACGUAACCUCAAAUAAUGGGAAGUGCAGGUGAUGUGCAAAAUAUGAUUAUGAAACUUUCAGAUUCAAAACCUGAUGGCGUUGAGGAUUUUGGAGAAAAUUUGAAGGUCCUGCCAACUAAUGAUCAGAUCAAAGAACUACAGACAAUUCUUCGUGACAGGAACACAACAAGAAGUGACUUCAAAUUCUAUGCUGACCGGUUGAUUCGCCUGGUAAUAGAAGAAAGCUUAAACCAGCUUCCAUUUUCAAAAUGCGUUGUUACAACACCAACAGGGGCAAAUUACCAAGGCCUAAAAUACCAGAAGGGCAACUGUGGAGUAAGCAUAGUAAGAAGUGGCGAAGCAAUGGAACAGGGUUUACGCGAUUGCUGCCGCUCAAUCCGUAUUGGCAAGAUCCUUGUUGAAUCUGAUGCAGAUACCCAUGAGGCUAGGGUAGUGUAUGCACGAUUUCCAGAGGAUAUUUCUAGUAGAAAAGUGUUACUCAUGUACCCAAUAAUGAGCACUGGGAAUACGGUGAUCAAGGCUGUUGCUGUGUUGAAAGAGCAUAAUGUAGCUGAGGAAAAUAUUAUCUUAUCUAACCUGUUCUGUACACCGUUUGCAGCUAAGUCGAUUAUGGCAGCUUUCCCACAGAUGUCUGUUCAUUUACAAUGGUCUGUGUCUGUUGGAUAGUUUACCAGCAAAAAAAUAUGAUGCAAAUUCUUUCUUCAGAAGUUCAUCAUGUUGCUCCUAAUCAUUUUGGACAGAAAUAUUUUGGCACAGAUUAAGAUUCCUGGUAUUCCAUAUAUAGAAAUGAAGACUUAUUUCUUAUGUCUUAUCAGUUAAUACAGCUAAUUACUUUUGACAUAUAUUUUGUACAGAUUGAAAAGACUUCAUUUUCUGUACAGAAUUAUGAAGACGUGUUUCUCACAUUGUUAGAAACUAUAAUAUUUUCUUCUUGACAUUUAUUUUUAGAACAUAUUGAACUUUAGUUUCUGUUCAAAAAAUAUGCAGACAUUUCUUAUAUUCUUAGAAAAUAGAAUAUGCAUCUCAAUCUUAAGUUCAAAAUAAUAGCACUAUGGAAUAUCUUAGUGUUUGGAAGCUUCUUCGUUCUUAUGUCACGUAUAACUGGAGAUAAUAUUAAGAACAUUCAUAUCGGAAGUGAACAUCAUUCAGUAACCAACUCCACACUGAGUAUGAUACAGAAUUUAAUAAUUUUCGAUUACUGUUUUUCUACAUAAUUUAUUUGGUACUGAAUGGAUGUUGUAUAUAGAAAUGAUAUGUCUUGUGUUAUGGCACUAUCUGUAGUUUUGUUUAUCAUAAAAAUUAAUUAGGUUAAAUGGCAUUGAUACACUGCUUCCAUUACAAGUUGUGUAUGUCAGAUUCUUUUUAAAUUUAGAUUCUGCACAUUUAUUUAUAUGGUUUCCAAAUUCUAAAGUAUCAAAGUUGGCACAAGAGUAUGUAAUUUUAAGACAUUCGUUUUCUAUUACAAACUUCACAAUACCAUCCUGUUUUGAUGCUUACAGAAUGUUGGUUGGUAUUGGAUUUUGCUUUAUUUCUAUGUAACAUUUUAUUUAUUGUUAGAAUGAAUCUAAGACAGGGUGUUAAUUUGAUACUUCCAAUUGAGAGCACUAGUACUGGUAUAUAAUUUUAUAUUUUUCAGUCAUAAAGAUCAUUCGUGGACUUCAUUCAGUACCAUUUUAGGCAGUGACAUUAAAAUAAAACAAAAUUUUAAGUUUGCAGAAUACUGCUUGGCGCUGAAUGGAGUGCAGGUGAAUUACAUGUCUUGCGUUCUGUCACAGCUUCAUAUUAUUAAAAAUUUAUAUUUGUAAGAUUGCACAGAAGUGUUAUGUUGUGAAUUGGAGGUUAAAUGUUCGUUAGUUCUGUCUUCACACAAUACAUAAGUAUUCCUUCUUCAGGUCUGAAUGUAACACUUUUUUUUAACAUGUCUCAGACUGAUCAGCCUAUCUUCAGUUGUUUAUUUUUCAUUUCAAACACUGUGCUUUGUUGGAAUUGCUGGGUACCUUUGUAUCUGGCCAGGUUUUUAUCCCUCCCCUGAAUGAAGGUUAAGAAAUUAAAAUGUGAUAUUGGUUUUCCUAUAAUUUUCUUGAAGAAUGUUCCCCUACUGGACAUGGGUCAUUUAGUUAUGUUCGUGUUAAAUUUCUUUAACACUCAAAGAAAGAAUACUCAUGUGUUAUGUAAAUGCACAAUUAACAUUUAUAUCUGUGAUGUUGUCUUGCAUAACUGCAUGUGUCGCAUUUUCCACCAGUGCAUUAUUUUGAUCAAUACUGGUAAAGAACUGAAAUAUCAGAGUGGUAAUAAGUAUUAAUAUAUUCAACAAGCAUAAAUUUAUAAUAAUUUUUGUAGGUUAAAUACAAACUUUCUGUUGUGCCAAAUAAUAUCUGCAGUAACAAAUAAUAAUGUCAUUGCACUCAUAACAACAAAUACAAUAAUAAUUACAAUAACAUCAACAUAAAUGUAAGUUAUGUACUGUAUGUGCAAGAACAGUUAUGUUAAUAUGGAAUUACUUAAUAGGUAAUGUGUGUAAAGGCAAAAAAUUAAUUCUCAAAUGCUAGGUGUACAUUUAUCUAGCAUUCUAAUGCAAAAGAAAAAAUAUUUAAUUGCAAAUGACAGAAUUUGGACACUACUUCAUAUAGAGUGCCUAGAUGAUACAGUUUAUGCACAGGUGAUUCUUCAGUAGCGUAUGAAUAUACAAAAGUAGGGAGUUGGUAAAAGACCGACUUACGCAAGUUCUCAAAAUUGUUUGUUGUGUUCUGUAUUUUCUGUUCCCAUUUCUUAAAUCUGGGUAAUCGAGAGUUGUCUAACUUUGAAUUUUCAUAAAUUUCCCCACUCUUUGGUCCAAAAGAAAUUUUAAGUCUGGGUUCCGUCUGUUCUGUGUAACUUCCAUUACUUUCACUUUUAUGAAUGAUAUUCGUUCUUACACACAUUGUUAUAAAUGCUCGUAUAUUUUUCUGCGUACUGUUAUAAGCAAUACUGUUAUCCCUGUGAUUCAAACUUGAAGGGAUUAGUAGACUAAACAUUAAUGUUUAAUGUUUAACUCUCCAAAUGUAUUUAUAUCUGUGCUUGCCCUCUGCGUCUAUAGCUGGAUGUAUUUUCCCUCAAACAAAUUUUUGAACAGUACUGAAAUUGUAGCACACUAGUGCCCCAUAUUUUUAAUUAAAGUGUUAAUUUGCAAACAUGCUUCUCAACUUAUUCAGUUUUGUGUGACGUGUAAGAACAUAUAUUUGAUGCUAGAACAAAUCUGUGAUAGAUACAAUAUCUGUAGCAUCAUAUACUUUGGUUUGAAGCUAUUCAUAUUUUGUGGAACACUAUAAGUUUAUCAGAUUUUCAGUCAAAACUGUGUUCACUCUUGAAUGUAUAUUUUUGAUUAUUGAUUGACAUGUCAGAUAAUAAUCCCCCACAGAAAUAAUCAAAAUUUGUUUUCAUCCCCCCCCCCGCCAAGAAGCUUCAGUGCAGUACAGAGGAUAUAAUUUUUGAAACAUAAAAACAGCUGUUUGGUAUUUGAACUCAUUAGGUACAAUAUAGUGAGGAUUUUUGUUCUUCAAAUUUUUCAGUAUUUUGUCAAACCAGGCAUGAAUAUGAAAGGACAGACACGUUAAAUGAAUGCAGUGUAGCAUAAACACUUUGUCGUACUAUAUGAAUUGUAGCAUAAAAUCUAUCAUGUGAAUUGCCAACAACUUUUGUCCCCAGUAAUCAAAACUUAUAAUGGUUGGAUGUGUAUUUGUCUUUUGUAAAAAAACAGAGGAAAUAUAAGAUCUGUAGUAUUCAGGUAAAUUGUAGUGAGGGUGCAAGACAUAUGAAAGCAAAGUUUCUAUAAGUCUCCAUUUUUUUAGCGACAGGUAAAAAAGGGAGAAUAAAAAUACGCAGGUAGCAUAUUGUAUGCUGGAAGUUCCCAUCUGUUUGUUAUUCUUGUGUUUACCAUGUGAGGUACUUGUUUACUUGACACCACGUGUGUUACUUAUUUAUGUUUUAUUUAGCAAUAUGCUGUGAAUAUAAUUUAUUAUGUUAUACAAGUGAUGUACAUUACAAGUUUUUCAGAAUUGGACAGUUUAUAAAAUUAUCUGUCUGCAGAGACAGUAUGUGAUAUGUAAAACACUUGGAAAAAGUGUAGAGAAAGAGUUACAUUAUGUUGAAAUAUUUCAGUACAUAAGACAUUAAUUAAUUUCUGUUCACUACAUUCAAAUACUGUGUAUGAUAUUUAGGUUUUACUUCAUAAUUAGGGCCUGACAAACUCACUUGCCUGCUUAUUCAUGAUGAGUGAAAAGCUGUGCUGAUAAGUGAAGAAAUCUUUAAAAAAAAUUAUAUUCUCUCCUGACUUUUGGUUGGUUGGUUGGUUGGUUUUUGUUUUUUAUUAAUGUUGCUUUAUUUGUGAUUGACUUGAAUAUGAGUAUCUUUUUUAGAUGACAAUGAACUGCUUGAACAUCAGGAUGUAGGUAAAAUAUUAGAAUGAAAUUCAGUUUGCCUGUUGGUUUCAUUCAUUCACAUGUGUAUGAUCCAUUGCUUUGUAUCCACAGUUACAUAACUCUAAGUAAAUAUUUUUUGCUGGAUGAUAAUGUAAA